AUGUCUGCUCAAGUCAACGAAAUCUUCUUUGGCGCCGCCGUGGCCGCGGUGCGCAGGGGCAGCAGCCUCCGCGUGUACGAGACCGACGUGUCUGGCGGCAUCCGCGAGGCCCAGUACGAGGGCAAGUGGACCGGCGGCUCGUCCUCCAACAUCAUCGCCACGGGCAAGAUCGGCACCCCCGUCGCCGCGACCAACCUCGAGUUCAACUCGAUCCGGGUCUACUACGUGGGCACGGACAACAAGGCCAAGGAGGCCGCCUAUGACAGCGGCAAGGGCUGGUACAACGGUGACUUGAGCCGGGCGGACUUUUCUGUUGCUCCUUACUCGGGCAUCUCGGCCGUCUUCCUUGGUGGCCACAGCAUCCUGCGCGUCUACGGACAGCUCCCCAACGACACCAUCCAGGAGUGGUGCUGGGACAACAACGGCAAGUGGACGGUUGGCACCAACCUCGGCGCUGCCCUUCCCGGCAGCUCCAUCGCCGCGACGACCUGGGGCGGCUCGCCCUACCACAUCCGUGUCUACUACCAGGACGCCAAGCUCAACCUCGUCGAAAAGGCCUGGGACGGCAAGGGCUGGUACCAGGGCGGCUUCCACGUGGCCAACAAGGUGCCGCGCGCGCCGCUGGGCGUCACCUCGUGGGGCGAGGGCAACAGCCUGGGCAUCCGCGUCUACUACGGCACGGUGUCCAACGUGAUCAAGGAGAAGGGCUGGGACGGCAGCAGCGGCGGCUGGUACGACGGCGGCUUCUCCCAGGAGUCGGUCCCGGGCUCCCGCGUGUGCGCCAUCCCGCUCGACAUCCUGCGCGUCUACAUCCAGAACGGCACGCUCAGCACCGCCGUCACCGAGUUUGCCUGGGAAGGCAAGUGGGUUGUGGGCAAGGAUGCCCUGCCGCCCGCCUAA